UCACAUUUACAAGCAAAACCACAACUGCAGCGCUCACACUGCACCCCUCGUAUGUUGCUGCAGCAUUAUUCUACUCUAUUCUGUUGUUUUCUGUACUAACUAUGAUGCGAUGGCGUCACACAGGUGGACGGUCUCUGUUCUUCCUGGCUGCUGUUAUUGCCGGUGUCCACCUCCAGAGAAAUGACCGCUCUGUCCAGCCUGCCUCUCAGGCGCAGAUCUACCAGCCGGUGUUGCAGCCCUCUGAGGCCGUUCCUCCAAUAGGAACCUACAUGCUGAAAAACCUUGUUGGGAAACCCUGCAUCAAAGCCACCGUGGGAGCAGAGUUCAUCGUCAUAGAAAAGAAGAAGACUUGGUAUUUCAACCUGGACCCCUCCAGCGUCAGGACCGCUGGUUAUUGUGGCAGAGAAGCAGCUGUUCUCUCUCUCACACUGCCAGACAACGCUGCCAGUCUGCAGUUCACCUUUAGAAAGGAAAAUAAUCUUUUCUACGUCACCAAUGUGACUGUUCAUGUGUCUCCCCGGCCUGUCUGCCAAGGAUGUGCCAAUAAGACUUACUCAGGUUUGUUGGCCGAUCAGCAGCUGUUCGCAGCGGCUAAAGGACAGAGCUAUUACUGCAAAUCUGAGAAUCUGCUUUUGACCUCGCCGGAGCUGAGGAUCAAGCUGGUUCCUCUGCAGAUGCAGGCCUUCACUCUGCCCAGAGGACACUAUGGAGAAGAGGUGGAGUGUUGGGCUGACUUUAACCAUCGAGUUAUUCCCGUCAUCAUCGGGGCCAUAGUGACCGGUGUCAUUCUGAUCGCUCUGCUGACCUCCCUGUUCCUCAAAGACCGCCGCAGAGAAGGAUACGACAGGCUCUGAGCUUGUUGUGAAACUGAAUGGAGAUUUACUCCAUCUGAAAGAAUAUUUCAUACUCACUUGCUGUAACGAAAAGCUGUAACGAAAAGUUCUCAAGAAUGGUCUCCUUAACUUCAAAGUAAAGAGGUCUAAACUAUAAAGGCAAACAAUGUUGUUACAUUUGACUAUUUUUUAUUUGCUUUCUUUUCAUUAUUAUUUUCUAUCUUCCAUUCUCUUUUACCUGAAUUACACUUUCAUUCUUUUUCAGUGAUUACGUUUAUUCACUGCAGUUUGUAGUAGUACUCAUAUUCAACAGUUAUUUGACCUGAAUGGAUAUACUGCUGAAUGAACAUCACAUAGUCCAAGUUUUGCAGUAGUGUAGAUAAGACUUUUUUUAAAUAACAUAUAUUUAGUGUAGCCAGUACAACUUGUUGAUCGCUUACUUGUUGAUGCUUUAUCGUUUUACAAUGAAUUGAUAUUGUUUAUAAAUAAAAAAUAGUUUUAUGUUA